AUGCCAACUGUAUUUCUUCCGACAAGUUUUAGUUAUGCAUCGGUAUAUCGUGACUAUGUACAGGCUUGUAAAGAUAAGUAUGGUAAGGAUGUUCGUAUUUUGGCUGAAUCAACUUUUACUAAUAUUUGGAAAUUAUUAAUGCCGUCACUUCAAUUUAUGUCCUUGAAAACUGAUUUAUGUGAAACAGUACAAAAAGAACGUGGCUACUAUAAUGCUAAUAUUAUAAAUGCAGUUGAAGGUGGCAAACACAAUCCAAAUGUAAUCGGCUCUCAAAUAUCAUUUAAAAGCUUUAGUGAUGAUCUUCAAGAUAAUUAUGAAAGUUUUACAGUUCGUCCCUUUUCUUUUAAUGCCGAUACCCCACUCCCUACGAUUGAUGUCAAACCACUUUCUCAAAAGAGACAAGAAGAAUUAUAUAAAGAAAUCACACCCUAUAUUGAUUUACCUUUCCACAACAUUACUU